AUGAAUUGGUCAUCUGAUCUGUCUAAUCAGUCAAGUGUUAUGUACAGAAAUUUAUCGACGUCAAUUUGUGACCUGCUAUUGAACGGUCUACGUCUGGGUAAUGAAGAGAUCUCUCGAGGUGCUACUUGUGUUCAUGUCGUCUUCAUUCGGAUCAUCAUCUGGAUUGACAGUGUCGGUCAAGCUCAUACAGACACGGGUGCCAAUCGUGUCUCAAUCGAAGCUGUUCGAGUGAUUGUGAGUGUGCAGUUGCGUCUGUCCCGUGGAUCACAACCAACUGAGACUGAUCUCUCGGAGACUCUGAUUCGUGGAUGCACACUCCUGAAUAUCAGGAGCGGACCAAGUUUGAGAAACAUCACAGUAUAUCGUUCACCAACAAGCAUGUCAACUUCGACUAGCAGUCGUCAACAGACAGACAGAAGUGUCUCAACAGAAUUAGCGCAACCGAUUAGGACAACGGAGAUGGUGACGGUGAAGUCAACACCGACUGUGAAGAUGACGAGCCCAUUAUCAACUACUACGUCAGAUGCUUUCGAAAUCUCUGAGUUCGAAGUGGAUAUUUUGAUCUACAUUGAAGAACUUAAAGUGCCCAUGAAUUGGUCAUCUGAUCUGUCUAAUCAGUCAAGUGUUAUGUACAGAAAUUUAUCGACGUCAAUUUGUGACCUGCUAUUGAACGGUCUACGUCUGGGUAAUGAAGAGAUCUCUCGAGGUGCUACUUGUGUUCAUGUCGUCUUCAUUCGGAUCAUCAUCUGGAUUGACAGUGUCGGUCAAGCUCAUACAGACACGGGUGCCAAUCGUGUCUCAAUCGAAGCUGUUCGAGUGAUUGUGAGUGUGCAGUUGCGUCUGUCCCGUGGAUCACAACCAACUGAGACUGAUCUCUCGGAGACUCUGAUUCGUGGAUGCACACUCCUGAAUAUCAGGAGCGGACCAAGUUUGAGAAACAUCACAGUAUAUCGUUCACCAACAAGCAUGUCAACUUCGACUAGCAGUCGUCAACAGACAGACAGAAGUGUCUCAACAGAAUUAGCGCAACCGAUUAGGACAACGGAGAUGGUGACGGUGAAGUCAACACCGACUGUGAAGAUGACGAGCCCAUUAUCAACUACUACGUCAGAUGCUUUCGAAAUCUCUGAGUUCGAAGUGGAUAUUUUGAUCUACAUUGAAGAACUUAAAGUGCCCAUGAAUUGGUCAUCUGAUCUGUCUAAUCAGUCAAGUGUUAUGUACAGAAAUUUAUCGACGUCAAUUUGUGACCUGCUAUUGAACGGUCUACGUCUGGGUAAUGAAGAGAUCUCUCGAGGUGCUACUUGUGUUCAUGUCGUCUUCAUUCGGAUCAUCAUCUGGAUUGACAGUGUCGGUCAAGCUCAUACAGACACGGGUGCCAAUCGUGUCUCAAUCGAAGCUGUUCGAGUGAUUGUGAGUGUGCAGUUGCGUCUGUCCCGUGGAUCACAACCAACUGAGACUGAUCUCUCGGAGACUCUGAUUCGUGGAUGCACACUCCUGAAUAUCAGGAGCGGACCAAGUUUGAGAAACAUCACAGUAUAUCGUUCACCAACAAGCAUGUCAACUUCGACUAGCAGUCGUCAACAGACAGACAGAAGUGUCUCAACAGAAUUAGCGCAACCGAUUAGGACAACGGAGAUGGUGACGGUGAAGUCAACACCGACUGUGAAGAUGACGAGCCCAUUAUCAACUACUACGUCAGAUGCUUUCGAAAUCUCUGAGUUCGAAGUGGAUAUUUUGAUCUACAUUGAAGAACUUAAAGUGCCCAUGAAUUGGUCAUCUGAUCUGUCUAAUCAGUCAAGUGUUAUGUACAGAAAUUUAUCGACGUCAAUUUGUGACCUGCUAUUGAACGGUCUACGUCUGGGUAAUGAAGAGAUCUCUCGAGGUGCUACUUGUGUUCAUGUCGUCUUCAUUCGGAUCAUCAUCUGGAUUGACAGUGUCGGUCAAGCUCAUACAGACACGGGUGCCAAUCGUGUCUCAAUCGAAGCUGUUCGAGUGAUUGUGAGUGUGCAGUUGCGUCUGUCCCGUGGAUCACAACCAACUGAGACUGAUCUCUCGGAGACUCUGAUUCGUGGAUGCACACUCCUGAAUAUCAGGAGCGGACCAAGUUUGAGAAACAUCACAGUAUAUCGUUCACCAACAAGCAUGUCAACUUCGACUAGCAGUCGUCAACAGACAGACAGAAGUGUCUCAACAGAAUUAGCGCAACCGAUUAGGACAACGGAGAUGGUGACGGUGAAGUCAACACCGACUGUGAAGAUGACGAGCCCAUUAUCAACUACUACGUCAGAUGCUUUCGAAAUCUCUGAGUUCGAAGUGGAUAUUUUGAUCUACAUUGAAGAACUUAAAGUGCCCAUGAAUUGGUCAUCUGAUCUGUCUAAUCAGUCAAGUGUUAUGUACAGAAAUUUAUCGACGUCAAUUUGUGACCUGCUAUUGAACGGUCUACGUCUGGGUAAUGAAGAGAUCUCUCGAGGUGCUACUUGUGUUCAUGUCGUCUUCAUUCGGAUCAUCAUCUGGAUUGACAGUGUCGGUCAAGCUCAUACAGACACGGGUGCCAAUCGUGUCUCAAUCGAAGCUGUUCGAGUGAUUGUGAGUGUGCAGUUGCGUCUGUCCCGUGGAUCACAACCAACUGAGACUGAUCUCUCGGAGACUCUGAUUCGUGGAUGCACACUCCUGAAUAUCAGGAGCGGACCAAGUUUGAGAAACAUCACAGUAUAUCGUUCACCAACAAGCAUGUCAACUUCGACUAGCAGUCGUCAACAGACAGACAGAAGUGUCUCAACAGAAUUAGCGCAACCGAUUAGGACAACGGAGAUGGUGACGGUGAAGUCAACACCGACUGUGAAGAUGACGAGCCCAUUAUCAACUACUACGUCAGAUGCUUUCGAAAUCUCUGAGUUCGAAGUGGAUAUUUUGAUCUACAUUGAAGAACUUAAAGUGCCCAUGAAUUGGUCAUCUGAUCUGUCUAAUCAGUCAAGUGUUAUGUACAGAAAUUUAUCGACGUCAAUUUGUGACCUGCUAUUGAACGGUCUACGUCUGGGUAAUGAAGAGAUCUCUCGAGGUGCUACUUGUGUUCAUGUCGUCUUCAUUCGGAUCAUCAUCUGGAUUGACAGUGUCGGUCAAGCUCAUACAGACACGGGUGCCAAUCGUGUCUCAAUCGAAGCUGUUCGAGUGAUUGUGAGUGUGCAGUUGCGUCUGUCCCGUGGAUCACAACCAACUGAGACUGAUCUCUCGGAGACUCUGAUUCGUGGAUGCACACUCCUGAAUAUCAGGAGCGGACCAAGUUUGAGAAACAUCACAGUAUAUCGUUCACCAACAAGCAUGUCAACUUCGACUAGCAGUCGUCAACAGACAGACAGAAGUGUCUCAACAGAAUUAGCGCAACCGAUUAGGACAACGGAGAUGGUGACGGUGAAGUCAACACCGACUGUGAAGAUGACGAGCCCAUUAUCAACUACUACGUCAGAUGCUUUCGAAAUCUCUGAGUUCGAAGUGGAUAUUUUGAUCUACAUUGAAGAACUUAAAGUGCCCAUGAAUUGGUCAUCUGAUCUGUCUAAUCAGUCAAGUGUUAUGUACAGAAAUUUAUCGACGUCAAUUUGUGACCUGCUAUUGAACGGUCUACGUCUGGGUAAUGAAGAGAUCUCUCGAGGUGCUACUUGUGUUCAUGUCGUCUUCAUUCGGAUCAUCAUCUGGAUUGACAGUGUCGGUCAAGCUCAUACAGACACGGGUGCCAAUCGUGUCUCAAUCGAAGCUGUUCGAGUGAUUGUGAGUGUGCAGUUGCGUCUGUCCCGUGGAUCACAACCAACUGAGACUGAUCUCUCGGAGACUCUGAUUCGUGGAUGCACACUCCUGAAUAUCAGGAGCGGACCAAGUUUGAGAAACAUCACAGUAUAUCGUUCACCAACAAGCAUGUCAACUUCGACUAGCAGUCGUCAACAGACAGACAGAAGUGUCUCAACAGAAUUAGCGCAACCGAUUAGGACAACGGAGAUGGUGACGGUGAAGUCAACACCGACUGUGAAGAUGACGAGCCCAUUAUCAACUACUACGUCAGAUGCUUUCGAAAUCUCUGAGUUCGAAGUGGAUAUUUUGAUCUACAUUGAAGAACUUAAAGUGCCCAUGAAUUGGUCAUCUGAUCUGUCUAAUCAGUCAAGUGUUAUGUACAGAAAUUUAUCGACGUCAAUUUGUGACCUGCUAUUGAACGGUCUACGUCUGGGUAAUGAAGAGAUCUCUCGAGGUGCUACUUGUGUUCAUGUCGUCUUCAUUCGGAUCAUCAUCUGGAUUGACAGUGUCGGUCAAGCUCAUACAGACACGGGUGCCAAUCGUGUCUCAAUCGAAGCUGUUCGAGUGAUUGUGAGUGUGCAGUUGCGUCUGUCCCGUGGAUCACAACCAACUGAGACUGAUCUCUCGGAGACUCUGAUUCGUGGAUGCACACUCCUGAAUAUCAGGAGCGGACCAAGUUUGAGAAACAUCACAGUAUAUCGUCCACGAACAAGCACUGUGGCAUCGACUGACGGUCUCGAACAAACAUUAGGAAGCGCCUCGACAAAAUCGAGUCAGCCGAUCAGGACCACCUUGACGGAAACGAUGACUACAAUUUCGACUGUGCGGAUGAACAGCCCGUCAUCAACUACUACUGGAACUGCUUUCGACACAUCGACAGGCGUUAGGAGUGAGACCAGCAGCGUCGGGCACACAGACACAAGUGCAGCGUCAGAACUCAGUCAACCGAACACCACUAGCACUAGUACGAGCACAAGCAAGAGCACGAGCAUGGGCACGAGCACGAGCACUAGCACUGGCACUAGCACUAGCACUAGCACUAGCACCUCCGCCACCACAAGCACAGCAUUGGCGCCGUCGACGACGAUGACCACGGUGGCAACAUUGGCUACGAUGCGGAUGACCGACCCGUCAUCAACUACUACUGCAGCUACUUUCGACACAUCGACAGGCGUUAGGAGUGAGACCAGCAGCGUCGGGCACACAGACACAAGUGCGGCGUCAGAACUCAGUCAACCGAACACCACUAGCACUAGUACGAGCACAAGCAAGAGCACGAGCAUGGGCACGAGCACGAGCACUAGCACUGGCACUAGCACUAGCACUAGCACUAGCACCUCCGCCACCACAAGCACAGCAUUGACGCCGUCGACGACGAUGACCACGGUGGCAACAUUGGCUACGAUGCGGAUGACCGACCCGUCAUCAACUACUACUGCAGCUACUUUCGACACAUCGACAGGCGUUAGGAGUGAGACCAGCAGCGUCGGGCACACAGACACAAGUGCGGCGUCAGAACUCAGUCAACCGAACACCACUAGCACUAGUACGAGCACAAGCAAGAGCACGAGCAUGGGCACGAGCACGAGCACUGGCACUAGCACUAGCACUAGCACUAGCACCUCCGCCACCACAAGCACAGCAUUGACGCCGUCGACGACGAUGACCACGGUGGCAACAUUGGCUACGAUGCGGAUGACCGACCCGUCAUCAACUACUACUGCAGCUACUUUCGACACAUCGACAGGCGUUAGGAGUGAGACCAGCAGCGUCGGGCACACAGACACAAGUGCAGCGUCAGAACUCAGUCAACCGAACACCACUAGCACUAGUACGAGCACAAGCAAGAGCACGAGCAUGGGCACGAGCACGAGCACUGGCACUAGCACUAGCACUAGCACUAGCACCUCCGCCACCACAAGCACAGCAUUGACGCCGUCGACGACGAUGACCACGGUGGCAACAUUGGCUACGAUGCGGAUGACCGACCCGUCAUCAACUACUACUGCAGCUACUUUCGAGAUCUCUGAGUUCGAGGUGGAUAUUUUGAUCUACAUUGAAGAACUUAAAGUGCCCAUGAAUUGGUCAUCUGAUCUGUCUAAUCAGUCAAGUGUCAUGUACAGAAAUUUAUCGACGUCAAUUUGUGACCUGCUAUUGAACGGUCUACGUCUGGGUAAUGAAGAGAUCUCUCGAGGUUCUACUUGUGUUCAUGUCGUCUUCAUUCGGAUCAUCAUCUGGAUUGACAGUGUCGGUCAAGCUCAUACAGACACGGGUGCCAAUCGUGUCUCAAUCGAAGCUGUUCGAGUGAUUGUGAGUGUGCAGUUGCGUCUGUCCCGUGGAUCACAACCAACUGAGACUGAUCUCUCGGAGACUCUGAUUCGUGGAUGCACACUCCUGAAUAUCAGGAGCGGACCAAGUUUGAGAAACAUCACAGUAUAUCGUUCACGAACAAGCACUGUGGCAACGACUGACGAUCUCGAACAAACAGAAACAAGUGCCUCGACAGAAUCGAGUCAGCCAUUCAGGACCACGUCGACGGAGACGAUGACUACAAUAUCGACUGUGCGGAUGACCAGCCCGUCAUCAACUACUACUGAAGCUGUUUUCGAUUAUUCUACUCUGAAAUCAAGCGACACAUUUUCUUCGUCUUCAACUUCUGCUGAAUCCAAAUCAAAUACAACAACCGAGGUUUCAUCAACGACUAUUACAACGGAAUCUGUCUAUAUAGGUAGAGUAUUUACACAAUUUAAUGUCAAAGGUGUAUUAUAUAAAUCAAAUAAUGCAGGAAUUAUUCCAUGGUCUGAUGAUUAUACUAAUUAUCAAUCAAAAAUUUACAUUAGUUUAGCUGCGGUAUUCUGUAAUUUGAUUAUAAGUAGUUUACUAACUGCAAAUACAGCAAUAUUUCAAGGUGCUAAAUGUACAACAGUUAUUUUUAUACGAGUCACUAUUGUUAUUCGUGGUAAACGACAAGUUGUCAAUAGUGUAAUCAACAAUACUUCAACAGAUGGAGUACAAGGUAGUGCAACAAUUGAAUUACAAACAUUACCUGGUUCACAAUUAAGUCAAGAACAUUUUUCUCAAUUGUUAGCUGAUGGUUAUAAUCAAGUGAAUAAAACAUCUGAUGCAUUGUUAAAUAAUUUAGAGUCAACACGUAUUUCUCCAGUAAUUACGUGUUCAAAUACUCAAUUAGUUUGUGGUCAACAUGCAUCAUGUCGAAAUACUGAUAAUGGUGUAACAUGUACAUGUGAUCCAAUGUGGAAAGAUGUGAACCCAACUGAUCCUGGAAAGAAUUGUACAUUACAUCCUGGAACAAUUGCAUUAAUUGUAUUCGCUGGAAUAUUACUUAUCUUAGCUAUAAUUGCUAUAAUCUUCUUUAUAAUUAAAACAAAUGAAGUGAAAAAAAUGAGAUUAAGAACUAGUACACAAUCAACUGAAUAA